AUGAGACCGCAACGAUACCAAAGUUUCUUUGGCCUAUUUCUGUUAUCAAUAUUACUGGUACUGGUGGCCUUGACGGUACCCAGUGCUAGUGUCAAAUUUGAAAGACGAAAUUUCAAAGUUGUGAAGAGAGCUGCAAAUGACACUACUAAUUCUGGUGGAAGUAGUCCUACUCCUAGUGGAAGUAGUGGUGGAAGUAGUGGUGGAAGUAGUGGUGGAAGUAAUGGUGGAAGUAGUGGUAGUGGUGGAAGUUCUGCAAGUGCAUCGGCGGCAUCACCACCACCUGCACAAUCAGCGUCAGCUCCUGCCUCUAAAAAUGAUCUUAAUGCAUCUGCUGCUUCACCUUCGCCUAAUUCGGUUAAUCCUUCAUCUAAUCCGGCUUCCCCAACAUCUAAUCCUUCGACUAAUUCGGAUACUAAACAAUCUUCAAAUAACAGUGCAUCACCACCACCCAAUGUGUCACCUACGAAACUUGCUUCAAAUCCUACACCUUCGACUAACCCAAAUACACCGCAACCGCAACCACAACCAACAGCAGCACCUCCAGCUCAGACAGCAAAACAACCAGACCAAACUCCUACUAAAGAUAAUCCACCGCCAACACAAAAGCCAAAUGAUCAAACAGUCUCCACUUCUUACGCGGUAGUUUCCUCAACUUACACCACUGUAAUACCUGCUAGCACGAUACAAACGACUUCAACUCUACCUGAUGGACAAAAAACAGUUUAUCAAACUGUAGUAAUACUGGAACUCUUCUAG